UGCAUUGUGGACGUUUUCUCGGCGGUUUUGCACCAAAUCUGUUGCGGCAGCAAGGCCAGAGAGUUUGCCUUGACUCCCCUCACUACCAAAAUAAAUGUUCAGGGCAGGAUUGUUCCACUGAGCAGCCGUGACUGGGGAGAGAGAAGAAGGAAGGAGAUGGUACGUGCCGACAGCUCUAAACUGAUUGCGGUGAGGAUUGCUAUGUAUGAGAGAGUUCAGGGGGGAAAGAGGAGGAAGUCACAGAGGCAGCCGAGGCUCGCAGGAUGGCAAGAGCCAAGCUGAAGAAUUCCCCUUCAGAGAGCAAUUCCCGUGUCAAAACUGUCCCACCGGCGACGACAGAAGAUGUCCACGGGGUGAGCCCCUUGUUACCGUCUCGGAGGAUGGGAUCCAUGGGGAGUGAUGUCGGACAAAGGCCUCACGCCGAGGAUUUCAGCGUGGAUUCCUCCUUCUCACAGGUGCAGGUCGAGUUCUACGUGAAUGAGAACACCUUCAAGGAGCGGCUGAAGCUGUUCUUCAUCAAAAACCAGCGAUCCAGCCUGAGGAUUCGGCUCUUCAACUUCUCCCUGAAGCUGCUCACGUGCCUCCUGUACAUCGUGCGUGUCCUGCUCGACAACCCCGAGGAGGGCAUCGGCUGCUGGGAAUGCGAAAAGCAGAAUUACACAGCGUUCAACCAGUCCACGAACAUAAACUGGUCCCACAUCUUUUGGGUGGACAGAAAAACCCCUCUGUGGGCCGUGCAGGUCAGCAUCGCUCUCAUCAGCUUCCUGGAGACCAUGCUGCUCAUCUAUCUCAGCUACAAGGGGAACAUCUGGGAACAGAUUUUUCGCAUUUCCUUCAUCCUGGAGAUGAUCAACACGGUGCCAUUCAUCAUCACGAUAUUUUGGCCUCCUUUACGGAAUUUGUUCAUUCCUGUGUUUCUGAACUGCUGGCUGGCCAAGUACGCCCUGGAGAACAUGAUUAACGAUCUGCACCGAGCCAUCCAAAGGACGCAGUCAGCGAUGUUUAACCAGGUGCUCAUCCUGAUCUGCACCCUCCUGUGUCUCGUUUUCACGGGGACCUGCGGCAUCCAGCAUUUAGAAAGAGCAGGUGAGAAGCUCUCCCUCUUCAAGUCCUUCUAUUUCUGCAUCGUCACCUUUUCCACCGUGGGCUACGGAGAUGUGACACCAAAGAUUUGGCCUUCCCAGCUCCUCGUGGUGAUCAUGAUCUGCGUGGCCCUGGUGGUGCUGCCGCUGCAGUUCGAGGAGCUCGUCUACCUGUGGAUGGAGCGGCAGAAGUCGGGAGGGAACUACAGCCGGCACCGCGCCCAGACGGAGAAGCACGUCGUCCUCUGCGUCAGCUCCCUCAAGAUCGACCUCCUCAUGGAUUUCCUCAACGAGUUCUACGCCCACCCACGCCUGCAGGAUUACUACGUGGUGAUCCUGUGCCCCACAGAGAUGGACAUCCAGGUGCGGCGCGUGCUGCAGAUCCCGCUGUGGUCGCAGCGCGUCAUUUACCUGCAGGGCUCCGCGCUCAAGGACCAGGACCUCAUGAGAGCCAAGAUGGACAAUGGAGAAGCUUGCUUCAUCCUCAGCAGCCGAAACGAGGUGGACAGAACAGCGGCGGACCACCAGACCAUCCUGAGGGCCUGGGCUGUCAAAGACUUUGCUCCAAAUUGUCCUCUCUACGUUCAGAUCUUAAAGCCAGAAAAUAAAUUUCAUGUCAAGUUUGCUGAUCACGUUGUGUGUGAAGAGGAGUGCAAAUACGCCAUGCUGGCCCUGAACUGUGUGUGCCCUGCCACCUCCACCCUCAUCACGCUGCUGGUGCACACCUCCCGUGGCCAGGAGGGCCAGGAGUCCCCGGAGCAGUGGCAGCGGAUGUACGGGCGCUGCUCGGGCAAUGAGGUCUAUCACAUCCGCAUGGGAGACAGCAAAUUCUUCAUGGAGUACGAGGGGAAGAGCUUCACCUACGCUGCCUUCCACGCACACAAGAAGUACGGUGUCUGCCUGAUCGGCAUCCGGAGGGAGGAGAACAAAAGCAUCCUGCUGAACCCCGGCCCGAGGCACAUCAUGGCAGCGUCGGACACCUGCUUCUACAUCAACAUCACCAAGGAGGAGAACUCUGCCUUCAUCUUCAAGCAGGAGGAGAAGCAGAAGAAGAAGGGCUUUGCGGGCAGAGGCAGCUACGACGGCCCCUCGCGCCUGCCCGUGCACAGCAUCAUCGCCAGCAUGGGUACAGUGGCCAUGGACCUGCAGAACACCGAGUGCCGCCCUGCCAACAGCAGCAAACUGGCGCUGCCGGCCGAGAACGGCUCGGGCACGCGCCGGCCCAGCAUCGCCCCCGUCCUGGAGCUGGCUGACACCUCGUCCCUGCUGCCCUGUGACCUCCUCAGUGACCAGUCCGAGGAUGAGAUGACACAGUCGGACGAGGAGGGCUCGGCGGUUGUGGAGUACGUGAAGGGCUACCCCCCAAACUCGCCCUACAUCGGGAGCUCCCCGACCCUGUGCCACCUUCUGCCCGAGAAAGCCCCGUUCUGCUGCCUGAGGCUGGACAAGGGCUGCAAACACAACAGCUUCGAGGACGCCAAAGCCUACGGGUUCAAGAACAAACUGAUCAUCGUUUCUGCAGAGACAGCUGGCAACGGCCUCUACAACUUCAUCGUCCCGCUGCGGGCGUACUACCGCUCCCGCAAGGAGCUCAACCCCAUCGUGCUGCUGCUGGACAACAAGCCUGAGCACCACUUUCUGGAGGCCAUCUGCUGUUUCCCCAUGGUUUACUACAUGGAGGGCACCAUUGACAACCUGGACAGUUUGCUGCAGUGUGGCAUCAUCUACGCUGACAACCUGGUGGUGGUGGACAAGGAGAGCACCAUGAGUGCUGAGGAGGACUACAUGGCCGAUGCCAAGACGAUUGUCAACGUCCAGACCAUGUUCAGGCUCUUCCCCAGCCUCAGCAUUAUCACAGAGCUGACCCACCCCUCCAACAUGAGAUUCAUGCAGUUCAGAGCAAAGGACAGUUACUCUCUGGCCCUUUCCAAGCUAGAAAAGAGAGAGCGAGAGAAUGGCUCCAACCUGGCCUUCAUGUUCCGGCUGCCCUUCGCGGCCGGGAGGGUCUUCAGCAUCAGCAUGUUGGACACACUGCUCUACCAGUCGUUCGUCAAGGAUUACAUGAUCACCAUCACUCGGCUGCUGCUGGGCCUCGACACCACGCCGGGCUCCGGGUACCUCUGUGCGAUGAAGAUCACCGAGGAUGACCUGUGGAUCCGGACGUACGGGCGCCUCUUCCAGAAGCUCUGCUCCUCCAGUGCCGAGAUUCCCAUCGGCAUCUACAGGACGGAGUCGCACAUGUUCGCAACCUCCGAGCCCCACGACAUCAGAGCGCAGUCACAGAUCUCAAUCAAUGUUGAGGACUGCGAGGACACGAAGGACGUCAAGGAGCACUGGGGCAUCAAGACGAGCCACCACAGGAACUCGUGUUCCAGCGACCAGUCGGAGCACCCGCUGCUGAGGCGCAAGAGCAUGCAGUGGGCACGGCGGCUGAGCAGGAAGGGCAACAAGCACUCCAGCAAGACGGCCGAGUGGAUCAGCCAGCAGCGCCUCAGCCUGUACCGGCGCUCCGAGCGCCAGGAGCUGUCCGAGCUGGUCAAAAACCGUAUGAAGCACCUGGGCUUGCCCACCACCGGCUACGAGGAUGUAGCAAAUUUAACAGCCAGUGAUGUGAUGAAUCGGGUAAACCUGGGAUAUUUGCAAGAUGAGAUGAACGACCACCAGAACACCUUGUCCUACGUCCUGAUCAACCCCCCCCCGGACACGCGGCUGGAGCUCAAUGACAUCGUGUACCUGAUCCGCUCCGACCCUCUGGCACACGUGGCCAACGACGGCCACAGCCGCAAGAGCAGCUGCAGCAACAAGCUGGGCUCCGGGAACCCCGAAACGCGCGACGAGACCCAGCUGUGAGCAGCCCCCGAGCCCCGGGCGAGCGCUCCGGGAGCGCCGGGGGAGGAGAGGACGGCGCAGCCCCAGGGGAAGGCGGUGCUGCCCGCGGGGCCCCGGAGAAAGGCGAUGCCCAGCCUGGCCCCGGGCCCGGGAGGGAUGCCCGGAGCCCCGGGAGCGGCGGCACAGCCGGACUCACCCACAGCCGCUGGCCGUGCGCCCCGGGGAUUUUAACUUUUUAUACCGAUACCGCAACUAGUGAGAAAGUCUUCGCUGGUGCUGGUGGGACGUGGCUGAGCCCAGACGCCGAUGACCCUGGGGGAGCGGGGCUGUGGUUGGUGCCGCCCCGGACGGUGCAGGUUGGUUGUUUUUAUGGGGCUGGUAAAGAUGAGAGUAAAACUGCACCGAAACCCUGCUCCUCUUCCUCCUCCUCCUCCUCCUUCACCAGGUGUCCCCCAGGGCACCCAAACUUCUGCUCUCUCACCCAACUCAUCUUCUUCAUGCUGGGUUUCUGUUCUGGGUGGCCACGCUGGGUGCUGGGGAAGGACUCUGGUGGCCGUGUGACAGCAGGAUGAGGGGACCGAGGGGACAGCGGGACCGAGGGGACAGCGGGACAGAGGGGACAGCGGGACAGAGGGGACAGUGAGCUGCAGCCCCCACGGUGCCAUGGCAGGGGCUGCUCUGCCCCCAGCACCUCCUGGCAUCUCACAAACCAAACCACGCCAAGCCCAGGGGACCGAGCGCUGGGCCAGCUCUGUGGCAGUGCCCCCGAGCCCUGGGUUUGUGUUUGUGUCCCCUGUGCUGUCGCUGUCGCUGAGCUGCCUGGGGGAUUCGGGCGUGCUUGGGCUGGGCACACACCUGCAUGUGCUGCUUUGGUGUCUCCACUCCGGCCAGGGCAGUCUGGGCUCCAAGCCCUGCCUGUCCUGGCCAGGACCUGCUGUCCCUCCCCUCCCCACGGCUCGGUCACAGCGUUAAGGCAGCGGGUUCUGCCUGUCCCCCCCUGUCCCCCCCUGUCCCCCAGGGCCCCCUGGCAGCUCCAGCCAGCCCUGACUCUGUACCCCCUGUCCCCCUGUGGCAGAGGUGCACAAACCCCCAAACCUGGCACCACCACCCGAUGUGUUCUCCAUCUACUUUUGCACAUUCUACAACAUCAUUGUGGAAAGGGUUUGUUUGACUGCCAAGUGAAUAACUGAGUCCUUAACUUUCUAUGUUCAUAUCUUACAAUUGCAAUGUGAUUUUUGUUUGUUCUGUUUUUUAGCAAGGAGCUUGUAAAGCACAACAUGGCCAUGAAAUCCCAUCAGCUUCCCAGCUGAAUGGUUUAUUGCCAUUAACAUUCACUGCCCCAAUACACCCCCAAUCAAUGUUUACAAAGAAAACAAACAAAGAAAAACCAAGCCAAAACCUGUUAAAAUGUGUUUUAAAGAGCUGGGGAGAUGCCCCAGCCUAUGGGGAUGUGCUGCCCAUCCUGCCCAUGGCCCAGAGGGAGAACAGAGAUGCCCAGGGUAGGAGCAGUGCCAAGGCUGGUGUCUCCUCGAGAGGGUGUUGAGAGAGACCUGCUGUGCCUGGAUGAGGUUUAGGGUCCAUCUUUGAUUUUUUUUAUUGUUGUUUUAUCCUGAAGUGCCAGGCAGGAGCCCCUGAGAGGUGGUGGCACAUCCCAGGCUCAGAGAGGUACCACAGGUGCACCCCUCCCACCCCGCUCAGCUGUGGGCACAAACAGAACCGUCUUUAAAGCUUUUUGGGGUUGUUUUGAUGGAUUUUUAAUGAUUAGUUUUGUUUGGAUAAGGCAGGCACAUGUUUUAUUUAUUUCUUUUUGUAGUUUCACAUGCCAAAUCUGUCAUUUCAAACAGAAAAAGAAGCUGUAAGGGAAAGAAGUGGGUGUGGUUGAAGUACAAAAGGACACGUGGGCUCUGUGUUAACUUGAAGCCUCAGGAUGCUCAGAUCAUGGAGCGUUGAUGUAUUUUAAGUGUCUGCAUUUAAUAUGGAUCAUUUUCCAAACCCCACUUCCCUUCCAAGGGAGAGUGGAACAAAGCAGUAUUACAGGUUAAAAAAACCAAACCAGCAAACAAACAAAAGCCCAGACCCCAAAUAAAGGUGUGAUUAUUUGCUUUUAUUUACUGAGAACAUACAAUUUUUAUGGUUUUUUUGUUUGUUUGGCUGUGAGCUGUGUGUGAGAGCACAGGGAAGCGAGCGCAGCUCCUCAGGUCAACCCUCCCAUGGCAAAAAAAAAAGAAAUUUCUUUUAAAAACCCUUAAUUUACUUAAAAUUUCACCCCUAGCCCUGAGCAGCCAGGUCAGCUGUGUGGCCAAAUCCAGGCUCUGUGGUCCAGAGGCUCCACUGGCCGUGGUGUUGGGUCCCUCCUUCCUCAGCGGGCACACACAGCUCCCUUAAACCGAGGAGAAAAUGAUCCCAAGAGGAAACCACACCCCAAAAGGACUGAAGCCUCUGUGUGGUUUGUGAUAUUAUCCAAAUGCCCUCGAUAUUCCUGUAUUUGAUGCUUCUGUUUGUCCAGUGUACAAAAUCCCUGCAUUUGAAGCGGAAGCUCCGUGUACAAACCCUCGGCGUUCCUCCUCUGGUGUAAAUUUCCAGCCUCCCUUCCCAUGGGAUGGGGAAAACCCUGUAAAUACUCACCUGUGGGCAAUGCAAGUCUGAGAACCAAGGGUUCAUUUUUCUAAUUCCUUAGCCUCAGUUACAAUACUAAUGUAAAAACAAAAGCAGUUUAUUUUUCUAAUGGUCCUGGAAAGGUCGAUGCAGCGACAGAGUCGCUGCAAGGGCCCGCGGGGAGAGGGGCACAAGGAGCUUCCGUGGGAAGAGGAGAAUGGUUAUUGCUUCCAAGCAUGGAAAAAUCCCAUUUUCUGGAGGAAAUAGUUGUGUUGCAAGGCAGAGACCUGGCAGGCCCUGGGGGAUGCAGAAACGAGGACAUUUUGGGAUAUUUUGGGGUUUUCCAGCAACGGCUCCGGCGCAUGUUCCGUGUCCACUAACGGUUUGAUACGCUCAGUAUGGACUAAAUCCACAUAUCCUGCAUUAAACUCAACUACUCAAACCAAUGUUAUGAGUAUAUUUAUUUCCUGUUAUCCCCCUUUUUAUUUAACCUCUAUAGAACAGGACAUUUUUAUUCCAAGCUCAGCUCCUGCAUGGAUUUUUAUCAGCAACAGCAACUCCCGUCUUUCCUCUCGGAGACCGAAUUCCGGGAGCUGCUCUGCUGGGAUGCAGCCAGCCAAGGGGAGAGGGUUUUGUACAAUUCUUGUGAAGAUGCUUCACAUUUCUGUAAAGAUAAAUGAAAAUAAAAGAGCUGCAUGCAGCAA